AUGGACGGGGGUGGGGGUGUCUCCUCCUCGGCCCUGGAGAAGAACGUGGCGGAGCUGACGGUCAUGGACGUGUACGACAUCGCCUCGCUGGUGGGGCAGGAGUUCGAGCGGGUCAUUGACCAGCACGGCUGCGAGGCCAUCGCCCGCCUCAUGCCCAAGGUGGUGCGGGUGCUGGAGAUCCUGGAGGUGCUGGUGAGCCGCAAUCACAUCAACCCCGAAAUGGAGGAGCUGCGGCUGGAGCUGGAUCGGCUCCGGCUGGAGAGGAUGGACCGGAUCGAGAAGGAGAAGAAGCACCAGAAGGAAUUAGAACUGGUGGAGGAUGUAUGGAGAGGGGAAGCACAGGAUCUUCUUACCCAAAUUGCUCAGCUUCAGGAAGAGAACAAACAGCUGAUGACAAACCUGUCGCACAAAGACAUCAAUUUCACAGAAGAGGAAUUUCAGAAACACGAAGGAAUGUCGGAGAGGGAGAGGCAAGUGAUGAAGAAGCUGAAGGAAGUGGUAGAUAAACAAAGGGAUGAGAUUAGAGCCAAGGACCGGGAACUGGGACUUAAAAAUGAGGAUGUUGAGGCACUGCAACAACAACAGAACAGGCUAAUGAAAAUUAAUCAUGACCUUCGGCACAGAAUCACAGUAGUUGAGGCUCAAGGGAAAGCGCUGAUUGAGCAGAAGGUGGAAUUGGAAGCAUAUCUGCAAACCAAGGAACAGGAGAUGGGCACUUUGAGGGCAGAGCUUGGGAAGCUGAGAGAGAAGCUACAGGGGGAGCACAGCCAAAAUGGAGAAGAAAUAAAGACAGAACCUAACAAUGAUGACUUUCUCUCUGAAUCGGAGAAGAUGGCUCUGGAUUUAAAAGAUCCAAACCGUCCAAGAUUUACUCUGCAAGAACUACGGGAUGUCUUACACGAGCGGAAUGAACUGAAGUCUAGAGUGUUUUUGUUGCAGGAGGAACUUUUAUAUUAUAAGAGUGAGGAAACAGAAGAAGAAACUAGAUCCCCUCAACCUACACCCAUAAUUAAUUCAAAAACCUCAACUCAGCCAGAAUCUGGAAUCAAACGACUGUUUAGUUUCUUCUCUCGUGAUAAAAAACGCAUGCAGACGACACAGAAAAAUGUUCACUUCCAGGAUACUUUUGGCGAAUGGGCAGAUUCAAACAAAGAUGACUCCUACACCGAACAAGGCCAAGAGGCCCUUCAGCAUCUGUGA